UUCGUUCUUACCCAACAUGCUAUCUGGGGUCCAUGCAAGAGCAUUGAAAUUUGUGCGGGAAGUUUGGUUCAAGAAGAGUUCUUCGUUCCCUGACAUUCUUGAAGAUCUUUGUGCAUAACAAUGGCGGCUCCUGUUCCUGUGAGUCGCCCACGGCAGCUGCGCAUGCAAGUGGACUCCAUCGACGAGAGCCAGGUGUAUGUUUGGAAUGCUUGCUUCUGCUGCUAUGAUGGAUGUGUACCUGGUUGUCACAUCGGUUGCGCUGAGCAAAAGACCAUUCUUUGCUUGGAGUGUGACUGCUGUUGCAAGACUAAAACCCCUGCUUUGCGCUGUAUUUGCUGCGACUUGCGCUGUGUGGACGUCAGCGUUUGCUGCAAGCAACAAGACCAAAAUUGCUGCUGCGUGAGUGCAUGGGCAAUUCCGCCAGAUCACAGCGUGCCCUUCAUGCUGUCCUACUGUUUCGUCCAAUGCAUUCCCAAACUCGGAGUUCUUCAGCGCGUGGCGGAACUGAGGAGCAUGAGGCUGCCCUGAGGAAUGAAACGAGAUCCUCAACAUCAUUGGUCAAGAAUUUCUGACCAUCAUUUUCUGGAGGGGUGACAUAGACCUUUCCUGCAGAGCAAACCCAUUAUAUAAUAACACAUUCAUCAGAUGAUUUCCAGUGACUACUCCCUCCCCUGGCAGCGGACUGGCCCUGCCACCUGGAACGGGCCGUGUCUUUGCCCUGGCCAUGUUUCGAAAAGUUCCAGCUCCCUUUGGCAG